GCUCCUCUCACCGGCUUCUCGGCUUCAGACGCCUGCUCCGCUGCAGAGCCGGACAUUUAUCAUGAUGGAGAGCCGCUGUGCGCUGCUGAUUUUCUGCCUUGUUGUCCCACUGUGCUCCUCGGACUCUACCCGGGGCAGCCAGGUCCUGGAGCCCUAUGACUUCCUCUUCGACACGGCGGUGGAAGCCUACUAUAAGGGGGACUGGCUGUCGGUUAUCCUGAACAUGGAGAGGGCACUCAAGAACAAGGCUACCGUCCGCAAUGUGAAGGCUCAGUGCCGGCUGAGCUGCGCCAACCAGACCGCUUUCGGAGUACCCGUACCGGGGUCCGGAUCUGUGGAGGACCUGGGCUUCUUCCAGAAGAUCCUGAAACGGGCGGACUGCGUGAACUCUUGUGAAAUGGAGAAGCUGGGUACACCAACCAUGCACCAGGUCUCCGAAGAGGUGCAGCUGGAGUUCAACAAGAGGACCCCGUAUAAUUACUUACAAGUGGCGUAUUUUAAGAUCAAUAAGCUGGACAAGGCGGUGGCAGCUGCCAACACGUUCUUCCUGGCCAACCCGGACCACAUGGAGAUGAGACAGAACCUGGAGUACUACAGGAUGAUGGCAGGAGUACAGGAGGAGGACUUCAAAGAUCUGGAGGCCAGGACACAUAUGGCCGAGUUCCUGCUGGGGAAGAGGUACUACAGCGACGACUCCUUCGGCCUGGCGGCUGAACACUUCGAGGUGGCCGUAGACGAGUACUUCACCGCCUAUAAGGAGUGCAGAGCGCUGUGCGAGGGAUCCUACAACUACGAUGGAUACAACUACAUGGAGUACAGUGCUGACCUGUUCCAGACCAUGACAGACCACUACAUGCAGGUGCUGAACUGUAAGCAGCACUGCGCAGUCGAGUUGGCCUCAGUUCCCAGCGGAGACAAGCCCUUUGAGGACUUCCUCCCCUCGCAUUUCAACUACCUGCAGUUCUCCUACUACAACAGUGAGAAGUAUGAGAAGGCCAUAGAGUGUGCCAAGACCUUCCUGUUGUUCCACCCUGACGAUGAGGUGAUGAACCAGAACCUGGCUUAUUAUUCUGCCGUGCUGGGUGAAGACAAGGCACAAACCAUAUCAGCCAGACAGGAGGUGAAGCUGUACAUUCAGCAGUCCAUACUGGAAAAAGAGCUGCUCUACUUUGGAUAUGAAGCCUUUGGGAUCACCUUUGUGGAUCCAGACACAUGGACGCCUGAAGAUGUGAUGCCUCAGAAACUGAGAGACAAGCAGAAAGCCAACAGAGAGACUGCAGCGAGGAUCACAGAGGAAAUAGGAAACCUAAUGAAGGAGAUUGAGACUCUGGUUGAGGAGAAGAAGAAGGAUUCUUCAGAUAUGACCAAGAUUAUAGCGCCGCAGGAAGAUGUCCCUCUGUUGCAUGAUGACGUCAAGGUGACGAUGACGUCCAAGCAGCUGAACGGCUCUCAGCGGGUGCUGCUGGAUGGGGUGAUCAGUGAUGACGAGUGCAGGGAGCUGCAGCGCCUCUCCAAUGCAGCUGCUCUGAAAGGUGAUGGCUACAGGGGGCAGCCUUCCCCCCACUCUGCCAGUGAGACGUUCCAGGGAGUGACUGUCCUGAAGGCUGUGAAGCUGGGGCAGGAGGGGAAGGUUCCACUGAAGAGCGCUCGUCUGUUCUUCGACCUCAGCGAGAAGGUGAGGAAGAUGCUGGAGUCGUACUUCCGUCUGGACACUCCGCUCUACUUCUCCUACUCCCACCUGGUCUGUCGCGCCGCCAUCAAUGAGAAGCAGGAGGACCGCGAGGACUUGAGUCACCCUGUUCACGUGGACAACUGCCUGCUGGUCUCUGAGAUGAACGAGUGCAUAAAGGAACCUCCUGCAUACACACACAGAGACUACAGUGCCAUCCUCUAUCUUAAUGAUGACUUUGAAGGAGGAGACUUCAUCUUCACUGAGUUGGAUGCAAAAACAGUCACGGCUGAGGUGCGUCCACAGUGCGGCCGCGUGGUCGGGUUCGGAGCGGGGAGGGAAAACCCCCACGGUGUCAGAGCUGUCACCAAAGGUCAGAGGUGUGCUGUGGCGCUGUGGUUCACCCUGGACCCUGCUCACGAGGAAAAGGAGAGAAUCCAAGCUCAGGAAAUGCUGAAGAUGUUCUCUACCCCUGUGAAUGAAGAGUUCAUCAAAAAGGAAGCGACUGACACCUCUGAGCCCCAACAGACAACACCGGAGCCUCCUGCGCAGGCUGACCAGGUAAAAGUAGACAACAAACAAGAUGACAAACCAGCAGAACAGGCGCCAACAGACACACAGGCAGACAGACCAGCCGACUCCCCAAAGGACAAAGCAGAGGCGAAAGCAGCCAGCAAAACAACAACAGGCACUAAAGCCAAAGCUGCUCCAAAAGCAAAGGCCAAAGCUGGAGACCAAGCAAAGACCAAGACGGCAAGCAAAGUCAAACCUGCGGCAAAAAAAGAUGGAAAACAGGUCGACAAAAAGGAUGCAAAACCAGCCGCAAAAAAGACAGUAAAAGCUGCCACCAAGAAGGACUCCAAAAAAGCUAAAGCUGACUCCACGUCAGUGUCAAACUCUCAGAACGGCAAGGAGGAGCUGUGAUCAAACAGCUCCUGGACUGCGUGGUGCCUGUUUUAUGGGUGUUUGAAUGAAACGUUAUUUGUCUUUUAUUGGCUUGGCUAUGGUGGGAUGAGGGGAUAAUGUUAGAAAAGUCGGCCAUGCCCGAAGAAAACCAAGAGACUGCUGUUUCACUGCAGACGUCACUGAAAUCAUUACUUGAGUGCUUGUGAACUGACAAUCUGCUUAGAGCGCCUAGAUCACUGUAACCAUCUUUGUUUGGCAUUCAAAAUGUCUUUAUAUUGUUGGUACAUAUUUUCAUCUGAGUUUUCGACCUGACUUUUCUGUGGUAAUUUUAUUUGUGACA